UUCUGACACGGUUAUUGUCUUGCCCAAUGAAAUUUCUCUCCGUAGAUAAUAAAGACUUGAGCGCCUUCAAAAUGUACUUAAAACCAACAACUUACUGCUGUCUGUAAUGCCUGCACACUGAUUAGUAGUGCGACACCAGCGGGUAAAAAUGGCGGAGAGAGCAAUCUGCUAAGGCGGAUGUGAUGUGUGAGUUUUAUAGCCAGCAAGAAAGGUCUACAUCCGGUGUUUAUAUUCAAAAAUAAAGGUAAUCGCGGUGCAAAAAAAGGAUUUUGGGAACAUCUGUGCCCGGGAUGUAGAUAUUCAAAUAAACAAAAUACUUUAUUUAAGUGAACCUAAUUGAAAGAUUGUUUGGUCACAGAUAUGAUUCAGUCCAUUUAAAAAUGUCUUAUCUUUUGGAUAUCCAACUAGCCUGAUAAUAGUCGAAAUUCAAUUUUAGAUAUCUAAAACGUAAGACUAAGUAAGUAAGACCUAAAACAACAGUCUGAGGGUGCAGUAGACUUUUGGUCUAACCAUGAUAGCCAAUAUCAGUACCCCACAAUAAGGAAAGUGGCCUUGCUAAUACUGACAAUGUUUGGAUCCACUUACACUUGUGAGUCUAGCUUUUCUCAUAUGAAUGCCAUCAAAACAAGGGCAAGUUGUUCCCGGUUUUUUUUUUUUUACAGUCUAUGGUUGUUCCAUGACCAAUGAGAAAUUGCAUGAGUGUCUCAGGAUUGCCCUUAGCUACUAUCUAUGAGCCAAACUGUGUUGAGAUAGCAAAAUCAAGGCAGUGUAAUUUCUCUCACUGACUCAAAUAGGCUCUAAAUGACAGACGUCUGAUAUGUAUGGUAGUUCUAUAGUGAUAAAUCACCAGAUUGAGGCAUGUAAUGCUAUCUUAGUGAAAAUGCAAAGACUACAGAUCUGUUUUUAUGAUGAUUCAAAUAGGCCUACUUAUUGUUAGUCUGGAUACUGUUUUACUGCUAUAAGCACCAUAUGUCUGCUUGGAAUUGUUUUUGAUAGUAUCAUGAACAGGCCAAUUUAUUGUUAGUCUGAUGGCCACUGUUUUACUAUGUUCAUCUUGCAUUUAGCAUUUAUGGAUAUACAUAUAGGCCAUAUAGCCUAUUUAGUUUCACUCAGAUCAUCACAGAAGCUAAAGAACAUCUACAUUUCCAUGUCAACCUGGCAACUCCAUCUGCUGAGGCUGUGUGCUGUGAUCAAUGCUUUAGAAUAGGCUAGCUGUAAAAUGGACCAAAUUAUGAUGACACAAUUUUGAGAAUAACUGAGAAUAACUAGUCAAAACUACAAUGUAGUUGUAUGUAAUAAUUAGAGAUAUGUUACUGUUACUGUUAGUUACUGACAGUCAUACACAAAAUGCAGAUAUUAAGCUCCUUUAAGACAUAUACAAAUAUUCUUCUUUGAAUAACAAUUUGUGUCUGAUAUGGUUUUUCCACAAAAAGUUCACUUACCUAGUUAGAAAUUCUUAAGUUAUAUCUCCUUCUCUCUCUUUAAAAAUCCAGAAUCUGUGAAUAUGUAAAUAUUUUUUCCAUUUAAAUGGCACAUUAAAUGCCACAGGAUGUCUCCUACCUCACUGAAAAGUUCAUUCUCGCUGUAGCUAUGUUCACUGGAGGCUUCUAGUUUCCUCAUCACACUUGAGUAAGUUGCAUAUUGGACCAGGAUCAGCUUCAAAAAUGGUUGUGAUGUCACAAAUCACUACUACUUUAACUUAGAAUUUCAGUGACCACAUAGAAACUUUCCACCUUCAGCAGAUGAAUGUGAAAACAGCCUUUAAGUGUCAAACUCUCAUCAUUCUGUGAAGCUCAAACACUCAAAUACAGGAACAAAAAGAAAAACACCUUUUUGCAUGGAGGGGGACUUUAAGAGGAUGGAGUGAUGAGUUGCGAGCAGGCUCAGCCCACUAGCCGUGAUUUCUAUCAAUGUAGAGGGUGGACCCAACAACUAGUUAAUACCAUACAGUCUAUGGUUCAUACAUAACCCAACUGCCCUGUCUAUGCAGCCUGAGAGAAAGCAGUGGCCAACCUAAGUAUUUGCAAUCAAAAUGAAGAAGGGGGUUAUCUUAUCACUCUGUGUUCUUUUGCUGAGUGUCAGCCUGUGUGCAGGAUAUAAGGAAGGCGAUGUUAAGCUGGUUGAUGGUAGUGUUACCUCUGAGGGCCGUGUGAUGAUCUAUCAUGAAGAAGAAUGGGGGACUGUGUGUGAUGACGGCUGGGGACUUAACGCAGCUAACGUGGUGUGUCGCCAGCUCGGUUUCUCUGCUGCAAUAGAAGCUGUGAAUUCAAGUUACUUUGGAGAAGAGACUGGUGUUUUAGGCAGAAUUUGGAUGGAUGAUUUAGAGUGUGAUGGGACUGAGACAAGCCUUGCCCAAUGUAUGUUCAGCGGAUGGGGGAGCAAUGACUGUUUUCACGAUGAAGAUGCUGGUGUUAAAUGUAAAACAGCUCCUUUACAGACAACACAAACUACACCUGUGGCUGAUCAGAGGUAUUGUUUGAACCAAAAUACUAGCCUCUCGUAUCAGUUGGGGGAGCUGUUCAACAGUGGACGUGACUGUGACUUGGACAUUGCAGUGGUGGUGGACAACAACACUGUGGAGACAAUCUGUGCCCACAAGCUCAUUCUUUCUCUGAACUCAUUCUUUGAAGUCACACAAGCAGAGUCCACACUCAGCAUUAAUGUCACUGCUGACUGCAGUCAAUACGCCACCAUGUUUGUAAGAUACAUUUACACACGACAGAUCAACAUCACACUAUCCUCUGCUCAGUGUAUUCACAAGAUGGCAUCUGACUGGGGUCUGAAACAACUUCAGAAUGAGACAACAAAACUCUUCAGCUCAUUUCUCCCAGAGGAUCCCACUUUCCAGGGUCAAAAGAGCUUCUAUGAGUAUGCACUCCGUACAGGCGAUGAGGCAUUGCAGCAAAGCUGUCUUCGCUAUUUGGCUUGGAACUUUGAGGCGCUGAUCCACUCCCCAGCCUGGACGAAUCUUACGCUGGAUAUGGUCAAUGCUCUUCUGUCUCGCUCAGAUCUUGUUGUGUCCAAUGAGACCUACAUCCUUAAGGGGCUGGAGGGAUGGGCCACAGCCCAAGGAAGCACAUCUAUUCCUGAGAGCCUUUUAGAACUCAUCCGUUUCCCUAUGAUACCAGCUGAGGACUUGUACAACCUUAAUGGCUCACAAUACCAGACAAACAAGUUAGCAGGUUUUCAUUUUAAUGCCCUGCCUUUUGGGAUGCUGCAUGAUGACGUGGCAAGAAAUCUGAAUGCUUACACGUCUAGGAUUUACACUGGUAAUCCAUGGAGUUUUACUUUUGAAAACAGAGCCAUCAAAGCCCACAAUGAUUAUGGAUUCUACACUUUUAACAGCCAGAACUUUGUUAGACUUAACAGUGAUUUCCAAACCCCUGUGCAUAACAGUGCCUAUUUUGCCUUACAUAGCAUAACCUGGAAAGCAAAUUUAUAUUUAACUGAAGCAGACUGCUUAAGAGGAAGUGUCACUUGCCUUUCUCUGCCAGCUGUCAGUUUAAAGAUUCAGGAUAAGCAAAGUGCAUUACCCAGAGAGAUGGAGAGUCGUAUUCUUUACAGCAACAGGCUCGUUGUUUUGUGUGAAGGCAAGUACGUGUUCCACGUUGAGAAUUUCAAAGUUGUUAAUGGUGAGAAUAUGGCAUUUGUUCCAACAAACAGCAGUGCAGGACAAGUCUAUCCAUGCCACUCAAACCGGUUCUCAUACCAAGUGGUGGUACGUCCUCAGUACUUUACAGGGUAGUUCUGGUUUCCUCUGGGAACCACAGAAAGUAUGCAGGAUAGAGAAAUAGCAAAUGUGUAAUUUCUUUUUAGUUUCAUGACACUGUCAACUCUAUUAAUCUUACAAUCUUAUGACAAUUUCAAGUUAUCCAGGUUGAUCAUCCUAACCCUUGCCAUAUAACAUCCCUUCAGAUACUGCUUGGAUAUCAUUUGUCACUGUAUUCACAGUAUUCAUGGCUAGAGAAAAGGUGUUACCAAAAUGUUGUCUUGUUGUGUCCUUGAUGUUAUUCUGCAUGCCAUUAAUUAUCUGAGAGAAAAAAAAGAUCAUAAUAAACCAAUUAAUCAUAAACAUGUUAAAGAAAGGACAUGUUUGACUGUUUUAUGUCAGUAUCAGUGUCUGUAUCUCUAUUUCUCCUCAUUCUGUCACUUCUCCAAGACAAAAACAUAAAGGACAAGUUUGACUGUU